UUCAGCCUCUCGUAGUCGUUCAGUGCAGUUUGUCAAUAAUUUAACUACAUUAAAGACUCCUAACAAAAUUUAAAAUAAUUACAAUUUACAGUUCACAUGCUCGCAUGCGAACUCUAUUAACUUUCUCGUGUAACAUACAAAAUGAAUAUUCCGAUAGCGAGUCAAAUAUUUAUAAACAUUAGACUAAACAUACGCCCUACUUUACUGUUUUAUAACGUUUUACUCGAUUUCGUAGUUUUAAAGUGGUGACUCGGAAAGUGAAACUUGUUUUCAACUAUCGCUUUCCAGAAAUAUGCUUUUGAAAUUAUUUGGCCUAGUAUUUUUUUUUAAAGUUACUUGGGAAAUUGAAUUAAACCAACGAUGGAUCUUCCCUGACUAUGAUUUUCAUUCGAUAACUGAGAGAGACAAUUUAAGACGAAGAUUUCUUGAUAGGAAAAUAGAGGAUAAAAAUCAAGAUAUGAGACUGAAGAUGUUUGACACAUUAUCAAUUAACACUGUGUACUCAGAAAAUAUACUACAUACGAAGAUAAGUGAAAAAAACUCUAUAAACUACGAAAACGUGUUCAGAGAAUUUUUUACUAUGAAUGGAGUAACAUAUGUCUACAAAAGAGGAUUUUACUGGCGGACAUGGAGAAAGAUAAAUUUAAACAAUAAUGAAACAGUUGUGUGCUACAAGUGUCAGAAUUAUUUAAAUGUUUCGUGUGCUAAAUGCUACAAUGGCUAUUGGAUUAUAGACAAAAGUCCACCUUGCCCUUAUGAAAUCUAUUCGCUAAUACAACCAAAAAUAUUAUGUGUUAUUAAUAUAACAGAAUAUUAUAAACCAUUUGAGCAUUGUCCUCAGAUAAUUAGCUUAGAUAAAUUGAUGGAAACAUGUAGUAAUCCAAUAGAAACAAAAUGGAGGAUUCUUCGUAAUUACUCUGGAAGCGAGAAUUCGAUAACCAUCUGCCAAGGAAGGGAUAAUUGCGAAAUAACAACAUUAUAUUCGAUCAAGCAAGAUUCAAUUACAUUUCGUAUUAUAAAUUCAACCAAUCAUAUAAUUUACUCUCGUGUAAUGAAAAGUGGUCAAACGAAUUACGCAUGCGUUGAUGAUUGCGGUUAUAUAACCCCUCAACAUGACAUUGUUAAAAAUGAAAAACACAUUGUACUUGAUUUAUUACAUAACCUAAAAAACAAAAGAGAGAACAUGAAUGAAACAUUUAUUACAAGCAAAGUUUAUCAACUGGCAACAUCGAGUACUAAAAAACCGUUAUUGAAUAACCUUAAUUUAAAAAACAAUGCUGUAAUGAUUUAUAAAAAUCCAAAAAAGAAAACUUCUAAAUAUAGUUCGGGAGAAUGGUUUAAACCUAUUAAAUCGGAUAUGAUAAAUAAGAAACCGAUAAAUGAAAAAACACCAUGCAAGAAAAUUCAGGACUUCUACGAAGAAGUUGAAAAUGAAUCGGAUUAUUAUGACUAUUGAGAACUCAAAUAAAACAGGUAUUACUAUAACAUAACCAGAAAACACAAGCUUGUAUGGCGAAGAAAAUCAUCGUGAUUUGACGUCGGAGGUGGUUAGGCUUAAAAACAACAUCUGUAGAAUAUAUAGUAUAAAAUAUUUUUGUUUCACAAUUAAAAUGCCUUUAUUAUUACUACUGAAAAUAAUUACCAGCGGAGCCACCUGCCAACGGUUUAUUUCCGAACCAAUUCGACCGAGGAUCAAGAAAGGCAAAAGGCCAAGGCCGGCAAUUUGCAAGCCCUCUGGAAAUGUGAGUGUCUAUAGCCGGUAUCACUCAGCAGCAGGUAGCCUCCUGCCCGUUUGCCAAAAUAUUUUAAAAUGUCGAACCAUGAUGACAUUUUUUAAUAUUAAAAAAAAACACCAAAUAUGACAACAACUUUAUUUUAAUUAGUUAUAAUUUUACAAUAUGGCUUUAUGUA